AUGGAGGCCAAGGUACUUCACCCAUUCUCUGCGAGAUUUAAUUCAUUUUCCAUUGCAAAAUUUUGCAUUGAUUUACGUACAGGAAUCUGUAGAAGUUUGUCUCUUCUCCCCCCUACGGUACCACAUUUCGUCAAUCGCAAAACAGAAUGCCAAAAAAUCAAAGAAUACCUUUCUCCAUGGAACAAAUGCAGGAUCCUUCUCCUACAUGGUGCUGUUGGCAUGGGGAAAACAACCGUGGCGGUGAAAGUGGCAAACGACAUACUGGAUUCUGACGGACGUACCGUGGUGAUCUACGUUAACUGUAGAGAUAUUAAACGAUUCGAUGAUUUUGCGGCGAAAAUUCUUCAGCAAGUAUAUCACACUCCUGUGGAUGAUCCAGCAGCUGAGCUGAAAAAUCGCUUGAAAAGCCAAGAUUCCUAUACGAUUUUGUUCCUAGAUAACUUUGAACGUCUGCCUCAUUCGGAUGACCCGGAGAUUAAGAACGAAAUCAAUGAAAUUUUAAAGGUUGCAAGAAAAGUCAAGCUUCUCCUCACCUCUUCAGAUAAAGUUCCUUUUCCGGAAGUAGGGCAAGAAAUGGUUCGUCUGACGUCUUUUGAGCCUCAAGAAUCCGUUGAGCUUUUGAAAAGAGUGUGGAAAGAUGGGCAAGUCGAUACAACCCAAGUGAAUGACUUUUUAGAGAUUUGCAGCGGUAUUCCCUUGGUCCUUUUCACCCUGGCCUCCUCCCACAGUAACCUUCCAAGUCUCUUGGAAAAGAUGAAGUGCUCUUUGCCUCAAGAAAAAUUCAAAUUCUUGGAAAAGAUUCAAACGGUACCAGUGGAUAAAAAGAUCCCACGUUGUAUUGAUCAUUGCUUUGGGAGGCUUGACUGGAAAGAAAAGUGUGCCCUUAUCAUCUUUGCACUAUUCAGAGGGCGUUUUUCUCUACCUGAAGCAAAGAAAAUGUUUCAAUCAACGACGAUGAUGACUGCGUCUGAGCUCGUAGAAUGUGGAUUGGAACUGUCCCGGCGAUCACUUUUAGAGGAACAUAUCACCAGAGAUGGUUGCUACUAUACCCUACUUGAAGUAAUCCGUGAUUAUUGUAAAAUUAAGGCAAAGGAACCCGAGUUUCUUGAAGUGAUCCUAGAUGCUCGGAGGAUGUUCAUCCGCCAUUUUUUGACCUUUCUGGAAGACACCUUCAAAAAGUUCCUGAGCCAGGACGUGUCAAAAGCGAUUGCUGCCUUUCAGAUGGAUGAAGAGAAUGUCUUACAGCUCGUUGAAUGGUGUAGCAAAGGUGAAAUGGAUGAAGAACAAACAAGGAGAUGCAUUGAUGUCUUCAACAGCGUGGCGGAGCUACUGGCAAAGAUGAUGGGAAAGGCUAAAUUUAAAGAAGCCUUUGAAUCUUUACGAAGAAAAUGCAAAGAGAUGAAAGAUGAGAAAGAUGAGAAAGAUGAGAAGAGACUGAGCGAUUGCCUCACAUCCUUAGGAAUCGAAGAAGUAUUCAGAAGUUCCUGUCAUCCAACUGGUCUGCGUGCUUCAGCCGUUAAAAAAGCCAAAGAAUAUUUGACGGAAGCUGACCAAAUCCAGCGUAAUCGUGGAAUUAACCACGGUAACAGCCGAGCUCAGUGUCUUUCGAAACUUGCUCGAUGUCUCGCCAAAGAAGGCAACUUCGAUGAGGCGAAAAAAAAAGUCCAACAGGCGAUCAAAAUUCGAUCGGAUCAAGGAGAGGAUGACAAAGUCAUGCUUGGUGCAACGUACAAUGAUCAGGCAGUAAUCCUUUCACUCGAAAAAGAACAUCGGCAGGCAAUAGAGGUCCGAGAGAAGCAGACCCUGCCAAUUUACAAGACAAGAUUGGGAGACCAUCCUUUCCGCGCAACCAUCCUCAACAGUCUAUCAAACAAUUAUCACGCCCUAGGCGAGUACGACAAUGCCAAAAAAUAUGCGAAACAGGCAUUGGAUAUCCGGAAGGAACUACUGAAGGAUCAUCGUGACACCGCCAAGUCACUUUUUGACCUUGGAAAGGCUCAUAAAAUGACGGAAGAAUUUGAGCAAGCUAGGUAUUACCUUAAGGAGUGCGAGGCCAUGCAAAAGAAAAUAUUGGAUGAGAGCAAUGACGACCUUACAAGUACCAGAAAGGAAUUGGAAGAUGUGAAGAGGCGACUAGCGGAAGCCGAGGGACAAAGUAACGGGUCGUCAUAAAUUUUGUCCCCCAUAGAGGACUCUUAAGGUCUCUUAAAUCCUAUAUCAUACUCUGACAUAUUUCCAGUUUUUUGUGUUCAAGUGGAAUAGGGCGGUACUCCUUUAACGAAUCAAAAGCUUAUGCGUGGGGUCUCCGCUUUAGGAAUCGUCUAAAUAAAAACGUAGGGUAAUUAUGGGACAUUUUUUUUUGUCACUUUUAUCUUUGAGUCUGUUAUGCCGGGUUAUGCCUGUGAUCAGUUACAGAGCAUGCAGUCAUUAAUUGCAUCAGAACUGACUACAAGAACUGAACAUCUGAAUGAUGGUUAUGUUAGUAUAAUCAUAAUGAACGUCCGAGGUCAAGUUUUACCUGCUUUACUGGACAGUUCUAGUUUCUUCUUAAUCGUGUAAAUAGAUGUGGUUUAAAGUAGGUUCCGUUGUUCUGGACAAGUUGUCUGGCUAUUUCCAGAGAUCCUGGGAGGGUAGCCCUAUCCAAGAAAUUCAUUGAAAGUUUAAAUAUGUUGCCCGUGCAAGGUGUGUUUAGCUGAUAUUAGUAAUGACAAUGGUAACCGUUCAGUAUUGCUGACUUUUAUUCAAACUCAUUAUACUUGGCGUUCAAGUAGUUUUAGUGUAUUAAGAAGUCCUAAACAACAUCUGUACCUGAUGAAGCUGACAGCUUUCCAAUUCGCAUUUACUUUUAAAUACUUUAAAUAAUUGAAAGUAAUCCAAUCAGGGUCAGUAAAACGCUUCAACCCGACAAGAUUUUGAUAAUUAAGUACAUAUUGGUCCACAUAAUAUGGGCUCUAUUUUCAGUGUCAUUGAAAAUGGUGACUAAUUCAUAUUGAAAAUUGAUAAUUUUUUUUUAAUUGGUUCUCUCUUGUAUGGUAUUUUACAAUAACUACUUUUACGGUGGAAAAUGUAGCUGCAUGUUUUGAGCUAAGACUUUAGAAGAGAGAUUAUUGAUAUGACUGCUCUCUCAAUUUUUUUGUCUGGCAACCAUUAUGAGAAAUAAAGGAAAUCAAUUUCGUGUUUUGUA